UCCAAUUAUUUGCAGGUGGAGUUUGUCAAGAAAUCAUGCGGAGAUUUCUUGAAAGAUGCAAUCGAUGAUGAAACUUGUCUUAACAUCUGGCAGCUUGCUGAUUGUUUUUCGCUGGAAAAGCUAAGGAAAACUGCCAAAAGGUACGCCCUGCAGCAUUUCACAGAGAUCUGCAAGGAGGAGGAAUUUCUCUCUCUUCCAAUUGGUUUCCUCAAAGAGAUUCUUGCCGAUGAAGGUAUCUGUGUAGUUAUCGAGAACCUAAUUCCGGUUGCAGAGGAACGGGAAAGGGCGGUGUUGGAAGCUGUUUUUAAGUAUGUGGAACAUGAUCUAGCAAACCGAAAAAAGAAUUUGCCAGAAUUGUUAUCUUUAGUACGACUUCCAACCAUAUCAAAGUCUUAUUUGAAAGAAAUCCUGUUACAUAAGCUUCUUGCAAACUCGUGCACAGAAUGGAUUGCAAAGGCACAGAAACUGCAAAUUGAUUCCUCUGGGAAAGACUCACCGGAUGAAAGGUGGGCAACCACAAGGGCAUUUGCCAAACCUGUAGUCUGGUGGGGGUGUUGCUUUGCAAGUGAUGUGCGAAGACUUUCUGUAAGAUCACAUCACAGUGACGAAAUGAUUGUUGAAGAUCUGAGAAAUGAUGUGUUUAUAAAGGGAAUGGAUUUAUGGAUCCGCCAAUGGUGUGGGACAUCUGUACUAGGUGGCCUAAGGAUUUUCUACAAUGGUGACAGAGAGGUGAAGUUUGGAAGUGACUCCUGUCACUGUGAACACCAUGAAUUUCACCUGGAAGAAAAUGAGAGGAUUGUUAGAGUUGAAGUAAACUCUGGACUGAUGAUCAACCAGCUCCAAUUUUUUUCAAACAAGAAAGAUGAUAAUGGAGAACCUAAAUGUUAUGGUCCUUAUGGAGGGGAUGGUGGAGGAUUCUUCUCUGAAACUCCACCAGGGUCGUACGGUUUCCUGGCAGGAAUUGGUGCUGCAGUCGUUUACUCACAAGGUGAAGAAGGUAUCACCAGACUUCAGUUUGCUUGGAGGACCUAUGUGCUUCCUGGCAACCAAGAGCCAAUGAAAAGCAGAUGUAGUGUUAAUGAUUACUUCCAUGAUUACGAUGAUGAUGAGGAUGAUGAGGAGAACUUUACAUUUACAGGAUGGGGAUGGGUGUGA